CUGGACUGGAAGCAAAUUUCCAACUUUCAGCAGCCGCAUGUUUCCCCGGAGCGCUCCCCGAUUUGUGCUGGGAAACUUUAUAAACAACCUUUUCCUCAGGAUAUGGAAAUAUGAUCCAAACUUACACUGUGACCUGAAUAUUUUUGUUUUGUUUUAAUGGGAAAUAAAUACUUUUCAAAACAAUCGUUAAUGUCGAUUUUCACAACAGCUUAGCAAUUUGGACAAACCACGAGAUCAAAGAUGGUGUUAUGAACUGGAGUGACGAACCUUACUUAGGACUCAGCUGUCCGGGAUCUAUAGCUUUCGAUGUGGGCACUAAAGGAUUGUCGCCUGUUGUGUGAAGUGAAAUGAUGGCGUCACGUUGGAAAGGGCCAUGCGAUGAAGAUGAAGAGAGACCGACCAGACCCUCUUUAUGCGAGGGUGGUAUUAAAGGAACCAGAGCUUCAUGGAAUUUGCAGCACUCCCUGCUUCCUCUGCCGCACCCAGUGAAAAUCGCAGAUAGGCAUUCUGCUAGUGAUUCAUUUGGCGGAAAGAAUGACCUCACAGAGUGGACUGAGCUGGAUGAUUCCCAGUUGGAUGAGGAUGAGCCCUUCUCCUCGCCAGGGCCAAAGAUACUCCGUCUGCGGCGUACUUCUCAGGGCUUCGGAUUUACCCUGCGCCACUUCAUUGUCUACCCGCCAGAAUCGUCCGUGAAGCCAUACCCCUUGCUGGAUGAAGAGCAUGGCUGCAGAGGGAGACAACGGCACAGGCUGGAGCCAAUGGACACCAUCUUUGUAAAGCAGGUGAAGGAGGGAGGUCCCGCCCACGGAGCUGGACUCUGCACAGGAGACCGGAUAGUGAAGGUGAAUGGAGCAAGUAUCAUUGGGAAAACCUACUCUCAGGUCAUAGCAUUGAUCCAAAAUAGUGAUGCCUUCCUUGAACUCUGUGUGAUGCCAAAAGAUGAAGAUAUUCUGCAGCUGGCCUACUCCCAGGACGCGUACCUCCGAGGACACAGCUCCUACAGCGGAAACGCCAGUCACAUCCCAGAGCCGCCGCCGUUAUGCUACCCACGAGUAGACUGUAAGCCCCCGGGGAUGGCCCAGGCCGCAGACACCCCCUCCCCGGUCGGAGCGUCCUUACAGGGAGCCUGCCGGGGGCCCGGGGGGGCGCCACCGCCCGACACGGGAUACCGCAUGGAGAUCCCCGUGCCCCCGUCCCCUCCUCCCCCCCCUGCACACCCCUACCCCAAAUCCCAGAGUGCGGCGUGCAUGCGCAACGACAGCGUGAGGACUGUGGUGGUACAUCCGGAGAUGGGUCACGGGGGCCGCCUGGGACCGGCCCACAGGGUGGAAUAUGGCCCGGGGGUGCCCCUCGACCCCGGCUUGAUGAGGGGGCGCCCAGGGUCGGUCUCCCACUACCCCGUGACACGGAAAACCGACGUCUACCCGUCCGGGCCGAGCCUUCUCAAUUACGGCGCCCCGCCUCAACACUAUCCACCCAACUCUAACUCCCCCAACCAAAACAUCGACUGGCGGACCUACCAGACAUACAGGGAGUACAUCGACAACAAGGGCAUCCACGCCUACGGCAGCCGGACCAUCCAGGAGAGGCUAGACAGUCUGCGAGCUGCCAGCCAGGGCACCUUCAGUUGGUCCCACCGUAUCCCUGCGGCAGGCUGGGCCCCAAACCCCAAAGGCCUCCGACGAAGGAGCACCUCCCACGAUCGCAACUACCACAGACCCCCGAACGCCUUCCGCCACCCGCCCCCGCGCAGUUCUUCCCAAGACCGUAUGAGUUUGGCGGAGCGGGGGGUCCACCCUAGGAACUGGCCCCCUCGCAGUGCGUCCCAGGAUGGGUUGACACACAAGGCCCGGGCUCGCUCCUCUGACUUUGACUACGUGGAUCCGGUGGAGCUGUCACGGCCAGUGGUGGAUAGACGGGGCUACCCCAGCAGGCAGAGCCUCUCCAAACAGCCUGCCCAUCACCGGCCCCCUGCAGGUUACGCUAGGGACGGCUUCCAGGGGGCGCCAAUGUCCAGCCCUAGUUUCUAUGCUAAAGGACCAGAAAAGCUCCAGCACCAGCCUCAUGCCACUCCUAACGUGCCCCAAGACAGACCCUCUCAACCAGGGAAGAAUAUCAGCUCGGAGCCCUCCCCCACCGACCAAAGAGAUGGCGUCAAAGCCCAAAAUCAUGUGAGCCAGAACAGGGGGCGGGCCGGGACCAUGCAGCCAACCGGGGAGGUGCCAGGGAGAGAGUUGGCACCAGUGGCCGGCCAUAGGUCCUCUUCUUUAUCCACUGCCCACCAGAGGCAGCAGAGGCCUGGGAUCCUGAAAACCUCCCACCACCACCAAUCUCGCCAGGAGCCCCAGGUGAACGGUCGCGGCCCCUCUGCCUCAGAGUCUGGAGUGGUCCUCAGGGAGAAGCCUUCGGGGAAGACCCCCAGCCCACUCCGCCACCCUUCCUACAUCCUGGCGGUGAACGACGAGGCCGGCUCGGAGCCGGUGGCGGACGGUGUGUGCUGGCUGCCCAACGACGCGCGCCGGGAGAUGCACAUGCGGCGGCUGAGCGAGAAGCGGGAGAAGACGUCCGGCUCCUCCAGCAACCUGGAUGAAUCCCUGGACUCCAUCCCCUUCAUCGAUGAGCCGGCUAGCCCCAGUGUUGACCGUGAGGCCACGUCCAUCCCCGCUUCCGCCGUGAUAUCUGUGGCUCCGGGGACAUCUGCAGGCCGCCCCAGCCCCAACUCCUCCCCCUGUCCUCUUAUUCGCCGACAGCUGUCUCAUGACCAAGAGUCCCUCAGAAAUGCUCUACUGGAGUCUGAUGCUGCCGCCAAACAAGAGAGGUCAAAAUCCUACGACGAGGGUCUGGACAACUACAGGGAGGAAGGCAGAGGACGGUCCAACAGUAAACACAUCCCCAGUCUGAGAGGCCUGAGAAAGGCUCUGGACGGACACAAGUCGUCCGACGACUCCGGCUCCAGAAGGGACUCCUCCUCCGACAUCUUCAGCGACUCUUCUAAAGAAGGCUGGCUCAACUUCAGGCAGCUCAACACUGAGAAGACCAAGCGCGUGGGCGGUGGUUCGAGGUCUUGGAAGCAGAUGUACGUGGUGCUGCGAGGCCGGGCGCUCACCCUCUACAAGGACAAGAAGGAAUGCGUCUCCCAUGCCUCGUCGCACUCCCAGUCCGACGACGACCCCCAGCCAAUCAGCGUCAAGGCCUGCCUGAUUGACAUCUCCUACAGCGACACGAAACGCAAGAACGUGCUGCGUCUGACCACAUCGGACUGCGAGUACCUGUUCCAGGCGGAGGGCAGGGAUGACAUGCUGUCCUGGAUCAGAGUCAUCCAGGAAAACAGUAAUGUGGAUGAUGAGAACGCUGGUAUAACGAGCCAAGACCUGAUUAGCAGAAAGAUCAAAGAGUACAACACCUUAAUGAGUGCCCCCAGCAGCAAGACUGAGCCUUCCCCAAAAACCUCCCGGCAGUCCCUGAGCAUCAGACACACUCUGCUGGGGGGGAAAGGAGAGGGCAAGAGUCCGAGCCCCCACUCCCCCAGAGCAGGAGAGAGAGAUGACUCCAGCCCCCCCCGGGACAAGGCCACAUGGAGGCGCGGCAUCCCCGGCAUCAUGAGAAAGCCGUUGGAAAAGAAGGCCACCGCCGGGGUCACCUUUGGCGUGCGCCUGGAAGACUGCCCGUCUGCACAGGGAAACAGGUUUGUCCCUCUCAUUGUGGAGGUGUGCUGUAAGCUGGUGGAGGAGAGAGGCCUGGAGUACACAGGGAUCUACAGAGUGCCGGGGAACAACGCUGCCAUCUCCAACAUGCAGGAAGAACUGGACAGUAAAGGACUGAUGAGUGAUAUUGACAUCCAGGAAGAUAAAUGGAGGGACCUUAAUGUGAUCAGUAGUUUACUGAAAUCCUUCUUCCGGAAACUCCCGGAGCCCCUUUUCACAAAUGAAAAAUAUGCAGAUUUUAUUGAAGCCAAUCGAACAGAAGACUCAUUGGAGAGGUUGAAAGAGCUGAAGCGGCUGAUUCUUGAGUUGCCCGAUCAUCACUAUGAAACACUCAAGUAUCUCUCUGGACACCUCAAGUUGGUCUCAGAAAACUGUGAAAAAAACAAGAUGGAGCCUCGUAACCUGGCCAUCGUGUUUGGUCCCACCCUGGUCAGAACCUCGGAGGACAACAUGACCAACAUGGUCAACCACAUGCCGGACCAGUGCAAGAUAGUGGAGAACCUCAUCCAGCAGUACGACUGGUUCUUCACUGAGGACGGGAACGACGACCCCGUUACGUCCGGGGAACAGGAGAGCACGGUGCAGUCUCAGCCAGUGCCAAACAUCGACCACCUUCUGUCCAACAUCGGUCGGACCACCAGCACCACCACGACCACCACCCCCACGGUAGAAGUCUCAGAUUCCGCAUGUAGCGACUCCUCCAAAUCAAAGGGUCUGUGGGGUUCUGGGAAGGACCAGUGUAGCAGGGAGAUGCUGCGCUCCUCCUUCUUUGUGAGCCGCAAGCGUAAGAAGCCCAAGGACAAGGCCCAGGUCAGCAGCUCCGACGACGACCUGGACUCUGUGUUCACCAAGAAGGAGCAGUCAGAACCGCAGGACUUCCGCCCCGUCUGGUCCCCGGAGAGCCAGGCAGAGGAGGGAGGGGGUCGGGAGGCAGCGGAGGCCGGUGAAGGAGGGAAACAGCCGGGGGGGUUCCAAACCAACAGGAAGGACUCCCGUUCAGACAGCCUCGUGUCUCAGCCCUCUCCCAAACACACCCCGUCUCCCAGCCUCCGUACCACCUCCUCCCGUUACACCUCCCCUUCCCAGUCCCCUGGCGCGGGCUACCGCAGGCAGGUGGUCCACCGUCCAUCCCUGUCAGACCCCCCCUCCAACUACGACGAGGUCUCGGACCUGGGCACCAUGAACAGCACCAGCUCCCAGGCUUCAGGUGCCGCCCCCAGGCUGCGGCACGGUCGGCCCGGGGGUCCGGGUCCGGAGACGGCGGCUAGCAGCCUGGGGGCGGAGGUCAGCUCCAUCACCUCGGACUACUCCACCACCUCCUCCAUGACCUUCCUGACCGGGGCCGACCUCAGCGCACUCAGUCCGGAGGUGCGCUCGGUGGCCGAGAGCCGAGGUGGCGAGGACGCCGACGAUGAACGCAGCGAGCUGAUCAGUGAGGGUCGACCCAUGGAGACGGACAGCGAGAGCGAGCUAUCCGUGUUUGUCGGCGGCGGUAAGGAGGCGGAAACUGCGGAGGAGGUCCGCCAAUCAGAUGCACCCAGGCCACUCCCAUCCCACCGACUCAUCGAGUGCGACACCCUCUCCAGGAAGAAGUCUGCAGCGUGUCAGAAGACCGACAGCGAGUCGUCAUUGGAAGGCGGGCGGUGCGACAAGGACUCUGCUAAGCUGUCUUGUGCCCUGGGGGCAGUUAAGGGGCGUUCUACCGGUAGCCUUAGCUCCUCCUCCCGCAGUGAGUCGGAGAAGGGGGCGGAACCUGCGUGGCACCUCAAAAUCACAGACCGGCUGAAGUUCCGCCUGCGGACCUCUGUGGACGAUAUGUUUGGGGUGGGCACCCAGCGGAGCCGCUCGCCGGAGGGCCGCCGGGACAAGAAGAAGAACAUCCGGCGUAGGCACACUAUGGGGGGCCAGAGGGACUUCGCUGAGCUGUCUGUGAUGGGGAACUGGCAGGAGGGGGGCAUGGGGAUGGGCGGGGGCUCGCGGGCCGAGCUGUCCGCCGUGGACCGGCUGAAGCCCAAGUGUUCUUCCCAGGACUUCUCCAUCCGGGAGUGGAUUGCCCGUGAGCGCCACCGCACCUCCAACCCGGAAGUCAGCCUGGACUUCACUGAACACCAGGGGGCGCUACUGCUCCUCGGCAGCCCCAGGCCCCAGGCCCAGAAGGCCCCGUCGUCGCCCCCCUCAGACCCCCAUUCUCCUGCCGGGCUGCUGAACGGAGACGCAGGCCCCCAGAGUAAAAGCCUGAGCCUGUCGGCCACCGCUCAUCCACACAAACUCCCCGGGGCCCAGGUUGUCCACUCUCGCUUCUACCAGUAUCUGUGAGAGAGGUGGUCUGGGUGGGGUUCUGCUGUCUGUCUGAGAUGUCCAUGUGUCCGUGAGAGUCAUGCAUUUCAGUGAUGUUUGUAAAUGAACAGUGAGCAUGUUCAGGUACUGUGAAGUGAUGUCUGAGUUUGUGUGUGCAGUCCUGUGUGUGUGCGUGUGUGUGUGUCUGUACUAGGGUUGGGCGAAAUGAUCAUAUCACAAGAUUUCUGAAUACAACUUGUUGUUUUAUGAGUAGUGCAUGAACCUAGGAUGGCAUGAACUGAAUGCUUAGUUGUUUUAAGGGGGGUUAUCAUUCAUGCUUGUUCUCAACCAAACUAGGACAAAACUGAAAGUGAAGUAUUCCAAUUUGUAGAAUAUUUAAUUUAUUUAGCACUGGUUUGAAAUACCUCCAUAUAGGGUAAUGUCAAAAUGGAUUGUGGCAUUAAAAUCCAAAGGGGGUAUACCUUAGAAGAUCAUCGCCCAGCCCUAGUCUGCACACCUGAUAUAUUAAGGGUUAUUGCACAGGGGUUUGUCUCUCGCUCAAACGUAAUGAAACAUGGAACAAAGCAUUCAAUUGAUGUCGGUAGAUUUUCUCCUUUUACAUUACAACCGAAUAUCAUUCGGGAUCACUUUUUGGGUUAGUUAAAUCUUCACUCAAAAAAGACAUCUCUGUUACGCUAACAAUGGCGACUUGAGGAACUAUUGCUCAUGGAUGGCCUGAAGAGUCUGUGAAGGUGGUUUGGUGUAAGGAAGUGUAAAUGUGGCUGGCGUUUCAAGUUAAAGAUGGUGGGAAAGUUAGCUAAGUGGCUUUAAGAGACUGGAACUGGCUAGCAGGAUGGUUAAACGGUACUGUAGGGAAAUGGACCCAUUUUAAGGUGUUGCAGAGGGCGUAAAAGACGUGACUGGAUCUCAGUCCUACAGUAACCAAAUGAAGAAUGUAAUGCUUGCUGUAAUACUGACUAAAGCUUCUGUUGCUUGUGUUCUCAUUUAAAAUUGUAUAUAUCCCCUUUCUGUCUCUGUGUGUACUUGAACUGAGUAGUUAUUUUGGGGAUAGCCUGUGUUUUGGUCAGCCAUAUGUGCUCUAUGCCCGCUUUUGAGUGGACUCUCUGAAGAUGCAUUGUGACAAGACACUGGACUAAACAAUAUCAUAAAAAUGACUGUUUUUAACUCCACCCUUAUUUUAAGUUAUAGAGCAGUGAACAACAUCUUCCCUCUGAUGCAAUACGCUGUGUAUUUCUGCACUUGUGGUUUCAUGCUUCUGUCAGUGGAUGGCAUCAGAUUGCGAGAUAAAGGAAUAGAGAGGGAGAAUAUGAAUAAUCAAAUGAGAAAUGGUUUCUUGGCAGUAGGAAGUGCCUCAUAUGACCUGUUAAGGGUGCCAUAUUGUCUUUGUUGAGAUGCAUAAAGAUGUUACUGUGAAUGACCUUUUUAUCGUCAACUCACUGUCAUUCUACAAGCAUUAUCUUAAACUGAGAAGAACGCCGAGCUUCCAUUCCUUAGGCAUUCCACUCUGGUCUUAACCUCUUUUAUACUUUUGUUUUUCCUUUUUCUUAAUUUUUUCGGAUUUUAACAGAACUUGAAUUUUAAAUAUUUCUGUAAAAAAAAAGUUAAUGUGUAUAUAAAUGCCAUGUUUUAGCUGCUUUUUUUCCUCUGUUUCAUUUCCAUCAAAUGCCCAGGUUGUUUUGUAGGUAUAAAGUACAGUAUUGUGCUAUGUUGCUGAGGAAGCAAGGUGGUGUGACUGGUUGUUGGUGAACAGGCCUGUGUCAGUCUAGCGCUUCUCUAGGGAGACUUUACUGGUUCCUCCCUGCAUGUGAAAAGGCUUCAUUGAACUGCUGGACCGUGUGUGUCGUUAUGCCCUGUUCUCUCCCUGAGUGGAGGGAGAUACAGGCUCCUAAAACACUGGAAAUAAAGCGUAUCAAUGGCUAAAAGGA